UUAUUUUGACAGUAAGGUUUCUGAUGUAGUAUGUAAACAUUUGUUUGUCAUUACAGGGAGUCUGAAACACACUUUUCUUCUGAUACAGACUUUGAAGAUAUUGAAGGAAAAAAUCAAAAACAAGGAAAAGGAAAAACCUGUAAAAAAGGGAAAAAGGCCCAGGAGAAAAGGGGAAAGGUGGAAACGGAGGAGGGAAACCUGCUGGUCCAAACCGGAUGAAUGGACAUCACCAACAGAAUGGUGUGGAAAACAUGAUGCUGUUUGAGGUUGUUAAAAUGGGAAAGAGUGCUAUGCAGUCUGUAGUGGAUGACUGGAUAGAGUCAUACAAACAUGACAGAGAUAUAGCGCUUCUUGACCUCAUCAACUUCUUUAUUCAGUGUUCAGGCUGCAAAGGUGUUGUUACAGCGGAGAUGUUUCGACAUAUGCAGAAUUCUGAAAUAAUCCGAAAAAUGACUGAAGAAUUUGAUGAGGAUAGUGGAGAUUAUCCACUUACCAUGGCUGGUCCUCAAUGGAAGAAGUUCAAAUCCAGUUUUUGUGAGUUCAUUGGAGUAUUGGUCCGACAGUGUCAGUAUAGUAUCAUAUAUGACGAAUAUAUGAUGGAUACAGUCAUUUCACUGCUUACAGGACUAUCGGACUCCCAAGUCAGAGCAUUUCGACACACUAGCACACUGGCAGGUCAGCAUUUUUUUAUUUAUUCAGCUUCUAUAUAAAUUUUCUUUUCAGUU